CAGAACCACUUCUGUCUGUCUGAUGAAGUCCAAGAACUCCUGUUUACAGCAGCUGUAUGUGGGAAACCAACACUUAGUCUUUGUUGCGUGUUCUGUAUUGUAACAUCCCAAACAUAAGAGGAAAGAUUGUCAUUUCUUAAUAAGAGUAAUAACCCAGUUUUUUACACAAGUAUUAUUCUUUUUUCCCUCAGUACUUUUACUUCUACUUGAGUGUAUACUAAAGUACUCCUGCAGUAUCUCUUGUUAGAGGUGUGUGGUAUGUUGGCCGGCAGCGUCUCCACAGCUGGCUCUGCGGGGCCUUUCAGUGCCUUGUGUUGUGUGCAUGAGGGUCAACAAAGAGAACCCCCCCGGACUCAUUGUUGGAGGAAGUCAAAGAAGUCGAAUUAAGUGGCGAGAGCAACGCACCGCCACUCUCUCCUCGCUGCACAGUGAGGUGUAAUUAACGCCAUUAAUCAGGCGCCGCUCCAGUUGCUCGCUAAUUACACCUGUGGGUUUCCCCACAGAGACCUCUGAAUGUCGGCCCGUUCGGCGUGGGAUCGCCGGUCGGGGUCGCAGGUGGCCAUCAAGAAGCUUCACCGGCCCUUCCAGUCCAAACUCUUCGCCAAGAGGGCUUACAGAGAGCUGCGACUACUCAAACACAUGAAGCACGAGAACGUCAUCGGGCUCCUGGACGUAUUCACUGCUGAAAUCUCUCUGGACCGUUUGCGCGAUUUCUACCUGGUGAUGCCGUUCAUGGGCACCGACCUCGGCAAGCUGAUGAAGCUGGAGAGGUUAACGGAGGACAGAGUGCAGUUCCUCGUCUAUCAGAUGCUGAAAGGACUGAAGUACAUCCACUCCGCAGGGAUCAUCCACAGGGACCUUAAACCUGGAAAUUUAGCCAUUAACCCGGACUGUGAGCUCAAGAUUCUGGAUUUUGGCCUGGCGAGGCAGGCGGACGCGGAGAUGACCGGCUACGUUGUGACGCGCUGGUACCGGGCGCCCGAGGUCAUCCUCAACUGGAUGCACUACACGCAAACCGUGGACAUCUGGUCGGCGGGCUGCAUUAUGGCGGAGAUGCUGCUGGGAAAGCCGCUGUUCAAAGGGAACGACCACCUGGACCAGCUCAGAGAAAUCAUGAAGGUUACAGGAACCCCGGCCGGCGACUUUGUGGUGAAGCUGCAGAGCCAAGACGCCAAAAACUACAUCCGAAGUCUACCAAAGGUGCCCAAGAAAGAUCUGCACACCGUGUUCACCAAAGCCAGCUCAAACGCGGUGUGUGUCCUGGAGAAGAUGCUGCUGCUGGACCCCGAGCAGAGAGUGAGUGCAUCGGAGGCGCUCGAGCUGCCCUUCUUCGGCGAGUUCAGAGACACCGAGGAGGAGACAGAAGCGCUGCCCUACGAUCAGACCAUGGACAACACAGACCUGCCGCUGGACCAGUGGAAACGUCACACUUUCACAGAAAUACUGACCUUCAGGCUGCCCAGGGACUCCCGGGAGACGUCGCUUUAGGAGCACACACACACCUCCGCAGACCGUCUUACCACUCCAGAUUGCACACGCUCACACACACCCAAAAAUAUUGAUUUCUUUGUUGACUUCUUGUUGUAUUUGUGUAAGCUGUGUGUGUGAGUUUUUUUUUUCUUUGAAUAAAUGUAAAUCGCUCAUUUCUUAA